AUGCAACUUUUGGCUGGUGCUAACCUUAUUGAGGUUGACUUUAGUCUGAAGAAAGACAGAGUAUUAUUUAGCGAAGCCCAAAAACUUUUUGCCAUGAUUUUUGCUUUUGGUCAAGCCACCAUGUCCGUAAUGACCAGUCUCAUCUCUAUGCUUCUGAACGAACUUUUGCAAAAAGAAUAUGAUUUGAGCUUUGGUAUUUCUCUUUUUAUUGCCACCAACAUCUGUGAAUCCAUCGUUUGGAAGACAUUCAGUCCAACCACUGUCAAUGCUAGCUGA